AGUGGAUACAACCUCGGCCGAUGGUGCCCUCCACUGCCUCCGGGAGACAUAUUCCAGGUUGAUAUUCCUCUUCGAAGGGACACGGAAACAAUCGACUAUCCACAAACAGUCUGAGAAAUUCAGAUCUGCCGAUCUUUAUGACUUGAAAUCAUUGUGUUGCCCAAAUCAGUAUGAAAGCCGUCGUCAUCAACAACUUUGUUGAUAGCUACGAUGACGUAAAAGUCAGUGAGGUGCCCAGACCGGUGCCCAACGACGAUGAAGUUCUUAUCCAAGUCCACGCUGCUGGUGUCAACUUCGUAGACACGCUCUAUGCAAGAGGCAAGCACCAAAAUAACCUCCGCCACAUGAAACCACCAUUCACGUUGGGCCUCGAGUUCUCCGGCACAAUGAUCUCCGUGCCAAAAUCCCUCACCACCACAUUCUCCCCAGGCGACCGGGUCCUGGGUGACUUCUCGGGCGCCUACGCCGAGUACAUCCUCUACCCAGCCUCCUCUCUAGCUUCAUCCUCCCUGCACCGGGUCCCGGACUCCUGGUCCUUUGCAGACGCCGCCGGUCUCGCGGCCACACUGCCCGUGAGCUACGGCGCGCUCGACUCUGCGGGAGGCCUGAAGCCCGGACAGACGGUCCUUGUCCAUGCCGCGGCGGGCGGAUUGGGGUUGGCAGCCGUGCAGAUUGCCUCCGCGCUGGGAUGCACGGUCAUUGGCACCGCCGGGUCGGCGGAGAAGUGCCGCGUCGCCGAGUCAUUCGGGGCGAGGAAGUGUGUCGACUACACGGCGAAUCCAAAGUGGUGGGAGGAAGUGCUCGCGCUUACCCGCGGCGCCGGCGUGGAUGUCGUCUUCGACAGCGUCGGACUCGUGGACCAGAGCCUCAAGUGUGUCGCGCACCGCGGGAAGGUUCUCGUCGUCGGAUUCGCGGGGCGCGAGGGGAACAUGGAGGGCGUCAAGAUGAACAAGGUGCUGCUGAAGCAAGUCUCGAUCAUAGGAUAUCGAUACGGAGAGUCCCUCCGUCGAUACCCAGAAGAGAAAGCAAAGAUCUGGUCCCAACUAUGGCCUCUGAUCAAUAGCGGCAAGAUUAGACCGGCAGUCUACACUGAUCGCGAGUACCGCGGUCUUGCAAGUGUCCCACAGGCAUUGAAAGAUAUUGCCAGCCGCAGAGUCUGGGGUAAAGCAGUAAUUCAGGUACAUCCCAACAGCGACGCAGCUUUUGUAGCGGCCAGCAAUGGGGACCGUCGCGGUCGGAGUGAUAGUGGCCACGAUCCAGAGCGGGAAAAGGGGCAAAAAGCGAAAUUAUGACGAGCGAGGGCUAGUCGCCAAGCUGCUGGCGACAUGCCAUCCCAACAAGAUCAACACAAGCAUACCCCAACUUCUCCCUUGACGUGUUUCAUUUCGCCUGCUAUAAUCUAAUUUUCAUGCCGUGCUUUUGUGGCCCUUUCGAAAAUUG